ACAAAGGGCCACCCACUAAAGACCUGGGGACAAAUAAACCAAACCAGGAAGGAUCUUCAUAUUGGAUUGUCUCUUUUCAGGAAUUCCUCAAACAAUCCCUAAGAGAGAAUACUACUUUUCUUUCAUAAGGGAAGGAAAAUUUGAAAACCAACCUCAAGUUUCAUCUUUUGUUCUUUGAUAUGGCUCAAGUUUUGGUUUUUUUUUGAAGAUGGUGCAAAGGAAGGUAACCAAGCAGCUUGGCAUCCAGGCUGAUCAUGUUAAAUCAGAGAAGCGGUUGGUGAACAUGAAAUCAUCUUCUUAUCAGCACCACGAUGGGAAGAAUAGGGGGCCUGAGAUGAAGAAGAAAAUGAAGAAGUCAAGAUCAAUCAAGCUUUCUGAUGUUGAUAGCUUGAGAUCUUCAUCCCCUUUGAAACAGACUUUCUCACAGCCCGGAAAGCCUCCUCCUGAAAAUAUUCCAAGCCUUGCAACUCCUCCUCAGAAGCAGUCUCCUGUGAAAUCAACUUAUAGUUCACCAAAUUACAUGAAGUCCACAAGCAGUUCAGAGGCAAGGAAGGAGAGUUCUCAGGUGAGUUCCCGGUGCUAUCAAACUGGUUUAGAUAUUAAGAAUCAUAGCAGAAGGAACUCAACUAGUUCUAAAGCUGGCUCUGGUUCUGGUACUAAAUCAGCUAGAGCUUUGACAAAGUCAUCUAGUUUGAAGCGGGUAAGGACUUUAACAAAGGCCCCCAGUUUUAAGAAUGGGAGAGGUUCUGCAAGAAAAUGUUCUAGAGUUGUUCUCUGUACAGAAAUGGAUGCACAGAGAGCUACCUGUUCUUCAACUCUGAAGGACUCAAAAUUUCCUGAUUAUCUUAUGCUUAGUCCUGGGGCAACUGAGGCUGAAGGAAUUUCAGCUGUUAAGGUGUGUCCAUACACUUAUUGCUCUCUUAAUGGUCAUCACCACGCACCUUUGCCACCAUUGAAGAGCUUCUUGUCGGCAAGGAGGCGAUUGUUGAAAACACAGAAAAGCAUGAAGCUGGAAGCUCUAUCCCCGCGUAGAGUGAAGCCGGUUGCUGAGGGAACAGAAGGAAUUGAUGCAGGGAAGGUGAUGUUUAAUGACAACUCUGCAUGUAAGGUAGGGGAUUUGGUUUGUUCACCAAGCUCUCCUCUGAUAAAAGAAGGGAGCAUGGAUUUUUUCAUUGAAAUCUGUGCUAAGAAUAAGAAAGACAAUAGUGAGUCUCCUUUUGGAGGUUGUGAUGGAUCAAAAGUAGAGCACAACAAUGACAAACAAGUUGCUGGAAGCCUCUCUGAUGGAUCACCACGCUCAGAGAUAGAUUGUGAGGAAAAUCUUGAACAACAUAGCCAUGUAAUUCCAAUAGGAGUUGAUAUUACACAGUGUUUUCCUGAAGAACAGAAAGGGGAUGAUCCAGAAGAAGGCUACUCGCCAAUUGCAGCUCACAAUGAAGUUGUACCCGAAAGUUAUUACAAUGGAAGUGACUUUGAAGAGGAAUGCAGUGCCAGCACGCAAGGGAAUGAAUAUAUCUCUGAAGCUUCUGACAUGGAGUGGGAGGAGGGCCAAUUUUCUACUGCUGAUCCUGGUGCAGAAGCCAACUAUUCAACAAAAAAGUAUAUGGAAUCUGAUCUAGAUGAUGGGAAUUUGUCAGAAAUCAAGAAUCAUGGUUUUCAUGAUGAACCUGUUAUCAAAUUGGAUAACACUGUUAUUGAUUGUGGAGAGGAGAUUGCAGCUGAUGAAGUCUUUGAAGAACAAAGUGUUUGCUUUGAUACACAGCAUGAUGACAGUGAUUCUGAAAUGGAGGACUCAGAUCAAAAUUUUGCGAUUGUUGAAUCUAGCCUUGUGAUCAUGGAGGAAGCUGAGACAGAUUUUAUAGGAGUUAUGAUCACUUCAGCUUGUUCAGAUGUACCAAUUGUGGAACCAGCAGCUUCUACUGAGGAGAAGGAAGUUCCUGAAGCAGAGGAUGAAUUUCUGAAUGAUCAACAAAAGGAAAAAUCUCUGUUAGAUGAAGAGGUGACAUAUCAUUUUGCAACCGAUAAAGCUGAGCCCAAGGAUUUGGAAAAAGAUCAAAACGCUGUCAUCAAUGUAGUUGACUUGGUAAAAGAAGUACCCAAAAUUGAAGCUGGAAAUCAAAUGGACGAGAAAGAACAAGUUGCUGUCACUAAGAGGUCGAUUGGAAUCCAAGUCGAUAAAAAUCCGGUUGCUGUCACCAAAGUAUCAGUUGGAGUUCAAGCUCCUGAUGAUCUCUAUGAAGCAAAUCAAGUUGAUGCUAAGGUUGAUACCAAUUUCUGCCAGAUUGAAGACCUUGCUGAAGACACUGUUUCAAGUCAAGAUAUGGUUGAUGAGAUCCUUCCAGAGAAAAGCAAAGAGCAAACGCCAGAGGAGAGUGAUGGAAUGAAUGUCGCUGACAACCAGAACUUCAUGGAGAAAGACGAAGACGAAGUUGAGAAGUUCAAAAUCCCAAGUUCCACAGCUUCAGAUGAGCGAAGUGAUUCAAAGAUUCAAAAAAUCAGUUUGGCUGAGGAAACUGAGAAAAGGGAGGUGAAAGAUAGCGUCCAAAGAGAUACAGAAGAAAUCCUCACCUUGACAGACAAUAAAUUGGAAAGCACACCAUUCCUUUCAGAGAAAAAGUCCAAGUACAACCCAGAACCAUCAAGUGCCUGUAGCAAUCAGAAAUGGACAACUGGAUCCAAGAGAACUUUCACUGAUGAAGAGGAACUGAGGGGAUUCAACCCACGAGAACCAAAUUACCUGCCUAUGGUUCCAGACCCAGAAGCAGAGAAGGUUGAUCUCAGGCAUCAGACGGAGGAUGAAAGGAAAAAUUCUGAGGAAUGGAUGGUCGAUUAUGCACUCAGACAGGCAGUUACCAAACUUGCUCCUGCUAGGAAGAAAAAGGUGGCACUACUAGUUGAAGCUUUCGAAACAGUAAUACCAACCCCUCAAUGGAAAACUCAUCUCAUGCGUUCUUCAACAGCACUUGCUCCUGCAAGGCCAAUUCAAGCUUGCAGCUGAAGUUGGUUCUUUAGGUAAGCAAGGUGAUGUUUAAGAGCAAACAAUGGAGGCAGAUUAUACUGCUGAAUCUGUAAAGUAGACAGUCUUAUGUAGUAAACUGCUUUAGAGCCACAGCAGACUGCAGACAAGAUAGUGAAUGGAGAACAAAAAACCUAUUCUAGGUGGGUGAGGUGAGAGCGAGGAGUUUCUAGUUUAAUAAUGGAUGUAAUAAUAGUAUUAGUUCUGGUGUUCAGUUUCUUCAAAUGGAUGCCUAGGUCUGUCCUUUGUUGUUACUGGGGGCACUUGACCUCCAAACUUCUACAAUUUAUUAAUGCAUUUCUAAAUUAUGUACUAAUAAUCAUAACUCAUUUCUUAUCUAA